GAUUUUUUCUAUUAUUUAAUUUUAGUUCCCAUGUUCAAUUAUAUAUUUUGUUGUUUUUACCUGGAAUUUUCGGGUUCUCUUAAAGAUGGAAUUGGAACACCAAAAUUUCAAUAACUAGUCGAGAUCUAUUAAAAUAGGUGCUUGGUAAUGAAUUAAAAUAGAAAAAAGAAAUUCUCGAUUAUUUUGCGUUUGUUUCUUUGGCUACAUAUUGUUAUGUGCCAAGAUGUUUCUACUGUAAUAUUGGUAGGAUCUCUCAAAAGAAAAAAAUGGUUCUGUUUUCUUGCAUAUUGGCUGUUUUUUAACAUUAAAUUGAGUUUUUGUUGGUGAAACUAAAAAAUAAUAUGUAAUUAAUCAUUUUUAACAUUAUAAUUUUUUCAAUAUUUUGAAUGUAGCAAUUCUAAAAAUAUGGCGCCUAAGUCACAAAAGAAAAAGUUUUCUCGGUCAAAGCAAGGGUCGACUUCCAGAUACGCAAAACAACAACAGCCCAUCCGGGAAUUCACAUAUGAACAAAUUUGUCAAAUGACGACGGAGUCCAAGGAAAAUUUCGUUGGUGAGGGAAAAUGCGGAAAGGUAUAUAGAGGUGUACUUGAGUUGGACGACGACGGUUACAAUAUGGAUAUCAAAGACGUCGCAGUCAAGGUUAUUCCAGUUGAACGUAAAGAUUAUGCCGAGGUAUGCAUUUCAUUUAAUGAAAUUAAAUUUUUAUUUUCCUAAUGAUUUUUUAUUAGGAUGAUAAUCUAAUUCCAUUAUUUAUUUAUUUUCUUUGCAGAACGAAUUAAAAGCUUAUACCGACUUGAGUUCCCACCAAAACAUUGUUCCAUUGGUGGGAACGUGUUUUACGACUGAGAAGUUGAUAUUCGUAAUGAAGUUCGUACCUCGAACUUUAGAAAAAGUGUUGGAAACUAAAGAAGGUGGAAUUGUAGGAUAUGAGUUGAAUUGGGCUCGAACUCUAGGAAUCCUAAAGCAAUUAGCGAACGGGAUUAAAGCACUCAUAGCCGAAGACUAUGUCAGUGGUGACAUCAAACCGGACAAUGUGCUCGUAGAUGAGGAAUACAAUGUCUUCUUGUGCGAUUUUGGUUCCGCCAAGAAGGGAGGGCGCAAUUUGCCGACGGUAAACGGGGAAUACGGGCCGAUAGAAGUCAAAGAAUCAGGACAAGGUGAUUCGAAAAAAUCGGAUAUAUACAGCUAUGGAGUCAUUCUCCUUCAAGUAAUAAUGAAAGAGAAUCACUUCGCUUGUCUGGAUAGGGCUUCGAGUCUAAACGAGCAGGUGGAUUUUUAUAAGAAAAUACUCAAGGGGGGAACGAGUAGAAGAGACUCUAAUAGUUCGAAAUCGCAAAAGUUGGAGCCUCAUGUAUCCAUUCUGGCGAGGGUUGCGAAAGAGCGCCAAGGUCAUGCGGUUCACAAGACGUUGCUCCAAUCAGGCUGUUCCACGAGCGACGCGGAGAAACUCACUGUUCUCGGAAUAGCUUGCACCGAAGAAAAAGUGAAUUCCCGGCCAUUGAUCGAAACAGUCAUCGCUACCCUUGGAGAAUUCAAUGUGUGAUGUUCGCAUGUUGUUGGUUUUCGCGGUUUUCAUUUUUUGUUUUGUUUUUUUUUUUUUUUUUUUUUUGUGACUUUUGUUCUGUCAAUGCUAGCUAGCAAUUGAUUAGAAUUUGAUGUGUAAUGGAGUGUUUUGGCAUUUGUUGUUUUCUAAAGUUGCAACUGUGUUUAGCAGUCAGUACUAAUGUUAGCAAAUUGUAUGAAUUUUAAGUGUAAUGGAGCCUUUUGGUAUGUACUGUUUCUAAAGUUGCAAUUGUGCUUAGCAUCAUCAAUGUUAUCAAUUGUAUGAAUUUGUAACUUUUAUUCAGAAAAAAAUUCAAAAUUCUUUCAAACUCUCGAAAAUUAAACGACCAAUUUCCCCACCAAUUUCAGGUAACAAAUUAACUUCUUGGUUCGGUUUUCCGUUUUUCGGGUUUUUUUUGGCUCACACCUACUUGCAAUUG